AUAGACUGCGUAGAUUAGUCCCCAGACUGGCCGGGCGGCAAAUAGUGCGAGCAGUGAAGCGUGGGACGUGCUGACACUUUCACAACACACCAGGGGCAGACGAUAGAGCGGUACACCAGCAGGUCAGGUGCCCCACCCCCGGGCCGCACUAAUGUCAGCGUACCCCUCAUGACGUCCACGUCACCCAUAGUGUCAGCGGCUGGGUCAAUAGCCAUGACGUCACCAGCUGGAUGGCCAGGCUCUCCAGCGCGGCAGUCCCAUGACCUGAGCUUCAUGCAUCGGCCACCAAACAUCCUCCCCAACUACGGCAAGAAAUACAAGGAGAUCGUCCGUCUCAAGACCAACCUGCCCCGCGUCCUGCUCUAUGAUAACGUCACUCAGCAGACGGUACUCGAUGCCCAGCUGUCAGGUAUCGAUACCCAGAGCAUGAAAGUACGACGCGAGCUGGAGCUGCAGAGAAAAUCCUUCCUGCUGAGGAAACGCUUCAAGGAACGCUCGCUCAAGAAGCUGACCAAGGUCCAGCACUACAGCGACUACACGGACUUUGAGAGGGAGUACCAGACCGCCCAGCCCGGCGCCCACCAGCCCGGCGCCCACCAGCCCGGCGCCCACCAGCCCGGCCCCCGCUUGCCGGACAUACGCUACAACAACAAGACCACCAGACCGCGGGGACUCGCCAGGGGCCACAGGGCCAGCACGAGAAAGGCCACGACGUCACAGGGCGCGUCACACACGGGAAGUGACGACAGAGAUUUUAGCCUGCCUUCCAUUGCCCAUAGCAACGAGCCUGAGCCACAGAGCCGGGAGCCGGGUCAGAUUGAGCCACAGGGUCGGGUUGGCUACCGGGAGCAGAGAAGCGCUAAAGGGCUGACCCAAAUUUUUCAUACUUUCCCCAACGGUCAAACUAACGGUCGAGUUGACCCAGCGAGCGGUCAAACUGACAGUACCAAAAACAUGGAUGAAUCUGACGUCAUUUCCGCUGUCGUUGAAGCCAACAAACCGGAAGCCGUGCUUGAAGACCCAGGUGACGCGGAUCGUGACGUCACGUACAUUAACAUUGACGACGAGAGCGCCGACCUGGCGGAGCAACUUCCGGUCAACGUGCACCAGCCGUUGCUGGACUACAGGUUCGACCAGCUGCAGCGGGCGCUGGUCAAGCAGGCGCCGUCAUGUGAAGGCUUCCUCGAGCUCAGUCCCAGCUUCGUCAGGCCGCACGUCUUCCAGGACGUUUCCAGAAGGUUCUUGCGCCUGGGGGAGCCGGCGGUGCUGGAGGGGGAGUGGAGGGGGAGCGUCUACUCGGAGGGUGUGACGCCGGCACUCACACAAGUCUCGGGGGACGAGGAGGAUGACGUCAUUGAGAGCCGAGCCAACAGCGCCAUCAAGCGGCUCGGGGCCCGGUGACCUUGACCUACUGGACUGAGGUCAGUGUCAGGUCAAACUAUGACAUGUCGGGUUAACUGACGACCACAAAAAUUGUUUUCAACUGGUGUAGAA